AUGUAUCGUGCGCCAAGGCUAAGCGUGCGUCAUAGCUGGAAGACUUCUACCUGGCUCGCAAUAAUUUCGUUGGCCUGUCAAGUUGACCGAGCAAAUGGCCAUCUCAAUCAGGCAGAAGACUCGCAUGGAAAUGCAUGUCCGCGUAGACUGAGUAUACUUCAAAAACUUCAUUCAGUACAGCUAACGCUAUCGAUUCCCAACGGAGCUUUGUUCCACGCCGAACGCCCCAAACGGCCGCAGGCAAGCAGGCCAUGCUCCACCAUCGCAUAUUCAGAUCUAUCACGCUCAUUGCGUUUCCGAACGCACGCUUUUCCAUUCCAACUCGACUACUGGCUUGCCCAGUGUAUCACGCCCAUCCCUCAUAGCGUCAUCUCCACACUCUAGAUUCAUGGGUAUCUCUGUCUGUCCUUGGCGCUUAUUGUGAUGCGCACUGUACUCUCUCGCCGCCUUGCAUGUCCUCGUCAUCUUCGUCGGUGGCUCUUGCUGCGCGAUCGCCUUCCCGCGUCAGGUCAACCUUCUCGAGCUGGUAGUCUUCGGUCAUGGCGUCUGGCGGUGGGAUGUGCUGCGGCAUGCGUGGGGGCAAUACAGAUUCGAGGGCUUGAAUCUGCGCCUUGCUCAGAGGUGUCGGGUAGCCGUCGGCAUCCGGUGGUCCAGAGAGGCGCUCCGGGAACUUGACUUCAAACUGCACAUAAAGGUUGCCAAAGUCGUGAUGUCGGUAGGAUGGCAUACCCUGGCCACGGAUGACCUUGAUCUCGCCAGGUGAAAUGACCUCGCCUGGCAGGAUUUCAACGGUCAGCCAGCGCUCGUCGAGGUGCUCGAUGUAGAUGGCACCUCCAGCAAGUGCUGUAAGAAGAUCAAUUUCGGCGUGGUAGAACAAGUCGUCGCCCUUUCGUUGGAAACGUGGAUGUGGCUUCUGCUCGAUCUCGAAUUGAACGUCGCCUGGCUGGGCACCCGGGGUCUGAUCACCCUCGCCUCGGAAGUCGAUCUUGGUGCCGCUCUGCACGCCACGGUCGACGUGCACGUGCAGAACCUUGCGCUCGAUGACAGUCUUCUUGCCGUUGCACUGCUUGCACUUGUCCUUCUCGCGGAUGGUCUCGCCCUCACCAUUACAGUCAGGGCAGACGGUCUGAAAGCGCUGGAUCAUAGGGCCCAUCUGGCGCAUCAUGGUCUUCAUUCCUUGUCCAUUGCAACCUCCACAUGUCUUGACAGCGCCCUCCUUGCCGCCUCGACCCUCACAUUUUGAGCAGAUGAUGGACUUUUGGAGGGCAAGCUUGGAGACCUUGCCUCGGUAGAUGUCCUCGAGGGAGACCUUGUGGACGUGGUGGAUUGUGCGUGCCUUCUUGGGACCUUGAUCUCUCAUGCCGCCGCCGAACAUGCCGCCGAAUCCUCCACCGCCACCUCCGAAGAACUGUGCGAACAGAUCCUCGGCGGCCAUGCCUCCGCCAGCCAUACCGCCUUGCUCGAGGCCCUCUUCGCCAUACUGGUCGUAAAGCUGGCGCUUCUGUGGGUCUGAGAGGACUUCGUAUGCGUGGGAGAUUUCCUUGAACUUUUCCGCGGCGCUCGGGUCGUGUGCAUUCUUAUCUGGGUGGUGCUUCAGAGCGGCCUUUCGGUAUGCGGUCUUGAGCUUAGCCUCGUCGGCGUCGGGCGAGACGCCGAGCACGUCGUAGAACUUGGUUUCUCGCACCAUGGUGGCAGUCGAAGGAGGAGGAGGAGGAGGGCGGGGAAGUGUAGUGUGUCGUGGUCGAAUUUACUGACUCGCGGUUGUUUGCUCCGAGAUCAAAGGCUGAGGGGAUGGAAUCAACGAAAGCGCUGCGGUGUGUCAGUCACUGAGCAGGUGGAAUGGCAAAGCAAAGACCACGCCGGGGCGACUCCGAGUGAGGCAGGAGGCGGCGGCGGCGGCGGCGAGAAGCGGCGGGCGUGGAUGCUUACGGGAAUGGCGCUGCGUUGCGGUGCGGUGCGGUGCGGUGCGGUGCGGUGCGGUGCGUUGCCUGCGCUGUGUGCCUUGCGCAGUGACGAGGCGGGCGGCGGGAGAGUCUUGGGUGGGUCGAUGUAG